AUGGUUCCUUCAAUUGCCUCUGGUAGCUCACAUGCAGAUAGAAGGAACACAGGAAAUGGUAGAUUGCCGAUGCGAGCAGGAGGCGCAUCUGAAGAUCCAAAUGUGAUCAGAUUCCCUGCUAUGACUUUAAGGAACAGAAUGUCUGCACUUUUGGUUGAUAACCAUAGGUGUUGCAGGCUCGUCCAAAUGGGAAUGCUUCAAUACUAUGGUAUUGAGACUCAGGCUGUGGAGACUGCACAGGCUGCAAUAGACCUGCUUACUUCUGGUCAUUUAUUUGACCUUAUAGUCAUUGACAGUAGGCUUCCAGUCCUGAAUGGAAUUGAGACCACUAGGCAUAUUCGUACAAUGGGGGUAUGUUCAAAGAUUGCAGGUUUGAUUGGUUCCUCGAGGGAAAGAGAUAGGCAAGCAUUUCUGGAUGCUGGCGCUGACGCUGUUUUUGAAAAGCCGUUAGUUCCUGAGAGGCUGGUGCCAAUGCUGAUGCAGAUGGAUGGCCAGAUUUAA